AUGUAUUGCUAUGUGACAUGGGAUAAUAAUGCAAAUCCUUAAGAUUUGUAUUAAGCAAAAGAAAAUUUUUAACAGGAACCUGCUAGGAUGAAAUACUAUGCAGAAAGAAUAAGUUUGAAGGAAUAUUAAAGGUAAAAAAUAGACUAUACAAGUGAUUAGAUUAACUUGCUUUAUGAUAGCAAGGAAUUUAAUGAAAUGAUGAACAAAAAGGGAACUAGUAAGGACAGUUGGAACUGGCAAACUAGGGCAAUGAAGAAAGGUCUACAAAGAUAAAUCAAUACUUAAAUAUACAAAGUAAAGUGA